CAGAGAUCAGAACAGAUUUGGUCAGACACCAACACAAGAAUGGGAUUUCCUCUGGCUGUUAUGGUGGCCCUCCUAGUGAGUUGCGCGAUGUCAGCCGUGGCUUCAGAUACAGACGGGAAUGUGGGGGUCACUACCACCCCGGGAGGUGGACAAGAUACUGACCAAGGUACUGACCAAGGUACUGACCAAGGUACUGACCAAGGUACUGACCAAGGUACUGACCAAGGUACUGACCAAGGUACUGACCAAGGUACUGACCAAGGUACUGACCAAGGUACUGACCAAGGUACUGACCAAGGUACUGACCAAGGUACUGACCAAGGUACUGACCAAGGUACUGACCAAGGUACUGACCAAGGUACUGACCAAGGUACUGACCAAGGUACUGACCAAGGUACUGAGCAAGGUACUGAGCAAGGCACCAACAAAACUACCGAGAGCUUGACUAAGCUGGAAGGAGUUGUGAAUGGCAACAUUACAGCAGCUCUGGACCAAGUCAACAAGUUUUUCCUAGAACUUUACGGCGUGGAGGCAUCUGAUGCAGAGGGGGUUAGUUCGAUCCGGCCGAAAUGGAGACGCAUUCGUCUAAAAUGGAGACGUAUUCGACCAAAAUUGAGGCCCAUUCGACCAAAAUUGAGGCCCAUUCGACCAAAAUUGAGGCCCAUUCGACCAAAAUUGAGGCCUAUUCGACCAAAAUUGAGGCCCAUUCUACCAAAAUUAAGGCCCAUUGGCCCAACAUGGAGACUGCCGACAUUGGUGCGCGUCCGACCAGGCUUUACGGCUGUUCGAGUGAUGGCCCCUGUGGGACGUUUUGGUCGGGAUGGUACGAAUGCCGAUGUUGAAGUGACCCCUAGCCCUAACUCCACAUUUCCCACAGCUCAAGACAUAGCUCUAACCAAACAGGCCCUCAACAUACUGUGGACGGCAGUGACCGCUAUAGAGACAACGGUCAACCAGUCAGCCAAUCAAAAGUCUUAGAUGGACAUUGUUGGAACAAUAAAUAAACUUAAAUACAAUCUA